AUGCCUACAAGAACGUCAACAACGCGCUCCGCCCGGCCCUCUUCGGCUGGCGGCCGCAAACGCUCAAAUUCGGCGUUAGGUGGGCGAGUCCCCUCCAUCUCUCGUGCCUCACCAACCCCCGCCGCCGCGUUUGUCGACACACCGGACAAUCGUUUGAGGCUGAAGAUAAGCCCAGUAUUUCGUGAUGCUCAGCGCAACACUGCGACGCAUCGAAAGCUGGCCGUCACCCUCCGAAAGAUCCACGAGACAUGCUGCUACGAGACACCCGACCAAAUGACAACUGCCGAUAGCGAUUUCGACGAGAAGAAUUUUAAUACCGAGUUUAUUCGAUGUGUCUUAAAGGUUAUGCCGGUCAAAAAAACUGAGGGAGUCGGAGAGAAAUCAAUCCGUUUUAUUGGGUUCUACCUACGACACUCUAAUGAUAAAGACACCGAGCUUUUAGGCGACAUGGCCAAUGAUGCUAGCAAUAUGCCAGAGACACCAAGCACACGAUUGGUGUCGGAGUUGAUGGAUGCCGUUGUUCCUCUCAUGAUUGCAAAAGACAAAUUUGUCCGCUACCGAUCAACACAACUGCUGGCACAGAUUGUCAACUCUCUGGACGCGCUUGAUGAUAACCUGUUUCAAUCGCUCCGCCACGCGCUUUUGAAGAGAAUUCGCGACAAGGAGGCUAUGGUCCGUGUUCAGGCAGUUCUUGGGCUUGGUCGCCUCGCUGGCAACCAAAGCGAUGGCUUUACAAACUCGGACGACAGUGAUGCAGACCAGGAAUCUGGCUUGCUUGAGAAGCUCCUCCAGGUCUUACAAAAUGACCCGAGUGCUGAUGUUCGUCGAUCGCUACUGGUCAAUCUCCCAAUACUCCCGAAUACUCUUCCAUACUUGCUUGAGCGUGCUCGGGACCAAGACGCUGCGACGCGUAGGGCUGUCUACUCGCGCUUGCUUCCUGCACUCGGAGAUUUUCGCCAUUUGUCUCUCUCUAUGCGAGAAAAGCUUCUGCGUUGGGGUCUUCGAGAUAGAGACGAAAAUGUUCGCAAAGCUGCGGGGAGGCUCUUCAGAGACCGAUGGAUUGAAGAUUGUGCAGGGUCCGCCCAGCUGGAGAGUCCCACCCCCAGCUUCGAUGGGUUGCUCGAGCUCCUUGAGAGAGUCGACGUUAUCAACUCGGGCGUUGAGAACGGCGUCGCACUCGAAGCGAUGUCUGGCUUCUGGGAUGGCCGGCCUGAUUACCGCGAGGCCGUCAACUUUGACGAUGCAUUCUGGGAAACCCUCAGCGCUGAAUCUGCCUUCCUUGCUCGCAGCUUCAACGACUUUUGCCGAAAGGAGGGUAACGGAAAAUACGAGUCGCUGGUCGAAGAGAAACUCCCCGAAGUCACCAAGGUUGCCUACUUCCUUGAGCGUUACCUAAAUGCCCUGAUAGAGACGCUGCGCCGAGCCGAACAAGACGCUGCUGAGGAGGAAGACGAAGCCGCGGUUGUGGAGCAAGAGUUUAUCGCUGAACAGUUGCUUCAUAUCGCACUAACUCUUGACUAUUCUGAUGAAGUAGGUCGACGUAAGAUGUUCACCUUGCUCCGCCAAGCUUUGGCUAUUCCUGAACUGCCCGACGAGGUGACCAAGCUCACUAUCGAGACGCUGCACUAUAUUUGUUCUCCUGAUUCCUCAGGGGAGCGCGAAUUCUGCAGUAUUGUUCUUGAAUCAGUUGCCGAUGUUCACGACACCAUUUUGGACGAUCUUCCCACCGAUGAUGUGGACGAUAGCUUCCAUUCCGCUCGGUCCGAGGUCAGCAGCGUGAGUAUGUCAUCUGGUGGCAAAGGCCGUGUAAAGGAAUUGAGUGAAGAAGAUGCUCGUGCCAAGGCAGUUAAGGAGAUUGUCAUCAACAUGAAGUGUCUACACAUUGUUCAAUGCAUGCUCAGCCAUAUUUCGGGCAAUCUCAAGGACAAUGCUGACCUGGUCGCCAUGCUUAACAACUUGGUUGUUCCGGCGGUGCGAAGCCACGAGGCACCUGUUCGGGAGCGUGGCCUGGUCUGCCUGGGUCUCUGUGCCCUGCAGGACCGCUCUCUGGCCGAAGAGAACUUGAACCUCUUCAUUCACUUCUUUAGCAAGGGACACUCGGCCCUCCAAGUGACCUCGCUGCAUAUUCUCACUGAUAUUCUCAACGUCCACGGCGCGCAUUUGUUCUCCUCCACACCGGCACUACUCAAGGUGUAUGUCAAGGCUGUGAAAAGUGGCUCCAGGGCACCGGAAGUACAAGCCGCUGCUGUCAUGGCAGUUUCUAAACUUCUGCUUGGCCGCGUUGUUAGCGAUGAAGAGGCAUGCCAGGAGCUCCUCAAGUCGCUUGUCGUCGCUUAUUUUGACCCGACGUCAGCAGGAAACCAGACGGUCCGCCAGGCUCUGAACUACUUUUUACCCGUCUUUUGCUAUUCUAGAGCGACCAACCAGGAGCUGAUGCGCAGCAUUGCUCUUCCUGCACUCCACACCCUGCUCAACGUGCGCGAAGGCUUAGAGGACGAUGAUGAAGCCGACAUUGAGGAAGACAUGGUCAGCAUGCCCGCAAUCGGCGCUUGCCUUGUUGACUGGACGGACCCUCGCAGGGUCUACAGCCCUACCAGUCUGCUUGAACCAGAGAAAAGGAGCAUCAAUGGUGAUGUUCACCUAGAUCUGGCUCUUGAUAUCAUGGACAGAUUGCACAGCAAUGUUGCCAAAGAAGAGAAGAAGCUCGUCGCUGGUCUCCUUGGCAAACUGUACAUUUCGUCCGGCUCCUCCGAGGAUAAGCUUCGGGAGACAUACGGAGAGGUCUGCAUUGCCUUAGAAGAGGGUGUCGUGGCAGACUCGCCGAGCAAGAAUGCAUUAUACAAGAUCCACGUUAGCCUGGGCAAGAUUGUCAAUGCGCUUGAUGAGCAGCAGCCCCAACGAAGCAGCCGGAGUGCCUCGGCCAUACCAGAGCCACGACACUCCGAGGGAAAGGCCACCUCCGAAGAGCCCGUCAUCAAGGAAGAGGAUGAGGACAGCGAUAAUACCGUUAUUGCUAAGACUAGCCGAGCCACAUCAUCUCAUCUUGAGGCUUCCGACGAGGAAAAGUGA